AUGAAGCUGAAGAAGCAGGUGACAGUGUGUGGAGCUGCCAUCUUCUGCGUGGCCGUCUUCUCCCUCUACCUGAUGCUGGACCGCGUGCAGCACGACCCUGCGCGCCACCAGAGCGGGGGGAACUUCCCCCGGAGCCAGAUCUCGGUGCUGCAGAACCGCAUCGAGCAGCUGGAGCAGCUGCUGGAGGAGAACCACGAGAUCAUCAGCCACAUCAAGGACUCGGUGCUGGAGCUCACGGCGCACGCCGACGGGCAGCCCGCGCCGCCCCGCCGCGACAACGGCUCCUGGGCGCUGCCCCCCGAGAGCCGGCCCAGCUUCCUCGCCGUGUCCCCGCAGGAUUGCCAGUUCGCCCUGGGGGCCGGAGGCGAGAGCCCCGACCUGCAGAUGUUGGCCGUGUACGCCCUGCUGCCCUUCGACAACCAGGACGGCGGUGUCUGGAAGCAGGGCUUCGAUAUCACCUACGAGCCCAGUGAGUGGGACACUGAGCCCCUGCAGGUGUUCGUGGUGCCACACUCCCACAAUGACCCUGGCUGGAUCAAGACCUUUGACAAGUACUACUAUGACCAGACGCAGCACAUCCUCAACAGCAUGGUGCUGAAGAUGCAGGAGGACCCACGCCGACGCUUCAUCUGGUCUGAGAUCUCCUUCUUCUCCAAGUGGUGGGAUAACAUCAGUGCCCAGAAGCGGGCUGCAGUGCGGAGGCUGGUGGGAAAUGGGCAGCUGGAGAUGGUGACGGGUGGCUGGGUGAUGCCCGACGAGGCGAAUUCCCACUACUUUGCCAUGAUCGACCAGCUAAUCGAGGGGCACCAGUGGCUGGAGAAGAACAUUGGCGUGACACCGCGCUCGGGCUGGGCCGUCGACCCCUUUGGGUACAGCUCCACCAUGCCCUACCUGUUGAAGCGCUCCAACCUGACAGGCAUGGUCAUCCAGCGCGUGCACUACGCCAUCAAGAAGCACUUUGCUGCCACCCAGAACCUGGAGUUCAUGUGGAGACAGACGUGGGACCCCGACUCCAGCACCGACAUCUUCUGCCACAUGAUGCCCUUCUACAGCUACGACGUGCCCCACACCUGCGGGCCAGACCCCAAAAUCUGCUGCCAGUUCGACUUUAAGCGCCUGCCAGGCGGCCGCAUCAACUGCCCCUGGAAGGUGCCGCCCCGUGCCAUCACUGAGGCCAACGUGGCGGAGCGAGCUCAGCUCCUGCUGGACCAGUACCGCAAGAAGUCCAAGCUGUACCGCACCAAAGUGCUGCUGGUGCCGCUGGGGGACGAUUUCCGCUAUGACAAACCGCAGGAGUGGGACGCUCAGUUCCUCAACUACCAGCGCAUCUUUGACUUCCUCAACGCCCAGCCCCAGCUCCACGUGCAGGCGCAGUUUGGGACGCUGUCUGACUACUUCGACGCCCUGUACAAGAAGGUGGGCAUCGUGCCGGGGAUGAGGCCGCCUGGGUUCCCCGUGCUCAGCGGGGAUUUCUUCUCCUACGCCGACCGGGAGGACCACUACUGGACGGGCUACUUCACCUCCCGGCCCUUCUACAAGAGUCUGGACCGUGUGCUGGAGGCGCAUCUCCGGGGGGCAGAGCUCCUGUUCAGCCUGGCACUGGCCCACACGCGCCGCGCCGGCGCCAGCAGCCGCUACCCGCUGUCCGACUACAGCCUGCUGAGCAGUGCCCGCCGCAACCUGGGGCUCUUCCAGCACCACGACGCCAUCACUGGCACCGCCAAGGAGGCCGUGGUGGUUGACUACGGAGUGCGGCUGCUGCAUUCCCUCACCAACCUGAAGCGUGUCAUCAUCAAUGCCGCACAUUACUUGGUGUUGUGGGACAAGGACUCGUACCGCUAUGACCCGGCCACACCGUUCCUCAGCGUGGACGACACGCGCCUCAACCAGGACUCGCUCCCGGAGAGAACUGUGGUCAAACUGGAUGCCUCACCGCGGUUCCUGGUGGUGUUCAACCCGCUGGAGCAGGAGCGCCUGAGCCUGGUGCCGCUGCUGGUGGACACCCCACACGUGCGUGUGCUGUCUGAGGAUGGGCAGCCGCUGCCUGCCCAGCUCUCUGCACACUGGGGCUCUGCCACCGAUGUGGUGCCUGACGUCUACCAGCUCUCCAUCCUUGCCCGCCUGCCUGCACUGGGGCUGCGUGUGCUGCAGCUGCAGAAGUCCUUUGACGGCCACACCACUCUGCAGUCCUCCGUCCGCCUGUACCUGCACGGCCGGGAUGUGACUGUGCGCAAGCAGGACGCCGUCCCCGUGCAGGUCUUCCCGGCUGCCCCAGACGACUUCUGCCUGGAAAGCCAGCACCUGCGCGGCUGCUUCUCAGGGAGCUCCGGCCUGCUGCAGAGUCUCCGCCGUGCUGGGGACGAGUGGGAGCAGCGUGUGAGCACCGAGUUCUUCAUCUACGGCACCCGGACGUCCAAGGACAAAAGCGGAGCCUAUCUCUUCCUGCCUGAUGGCGAGGCCAAGCCCUAUGCCCCCAAGGACCCCCCCAUUGUGCGAGUGACGGAGGGUCCGCUCUUCUCUGAGGUCUCCAGCUCCUACCAGCAUGUCCAGACCGUGGUGCGGCUCUACAACGUACCAGGGCUGGAGGGGCUGUCCCUGGACAUGUCGUUCCUGGUGGACAUCCGUGACCAUGUCAACAAGGAGCUGGCCGUGCGCUUCAGCACCGACAUCGAGAGCGAUGACACCUUCUUCACAGACCUCAAUGGCUUCCAGAUCCAGCCCCGCAGGUACCAGCAGAAGCUGCCGCUGCAGGCCAACUUCUAUCCCAUGCCCGCCAUGGCCUACAUCCAGGACACGCAGAGCCGCCUGACCCUGCACACAGCCCAGGCCCUGGGGGUCGCCAGCCUGGGCAGCGGCCAGCUGGAGGUGAUCCUGGACCGGCGCCUCAUGCAGGAUGACAACCGGGGCCUGGGCCAAGGGCUGAAGGACAACAAGCGGACCUGCAACCGGUUCCGCCUCCUCCUGGAGCGCCGCAGCAGCACCAACAAGAGCUCCGGCUUCUUUUCCAAACUGGCCUCCGUGCUUAAAGCCUUGGGCUUCCCUGGCACCAGGACCGGCAGCCCCGAGGUGCAGGACGGCCGCCCGGUCAGCUUCCCCUCGCUGCUGAGCCACCUCACCUCCAUGCACCUGAACGCCGAGGCCCUGGUCCUGCCGGUGGCCCAGCAGCCAGCCCUGCCGGCCCUGCGCUCCUUCACACCCCUCUCCACAACCCUCCCCUGUGACUUCCACAUCCUCAACCUGCGGACUCUGCAGGCAGAGGACGACUCACUGCCCUCGGCUGAGGCAGCCCUGAUCCUACACCGCAAAGGCUUUGACUGCAGCCUGGAGGCCAAGAAUCUGGGGUUUAACUGCACCACCAGCCAGGGCCAGCUGGCUCUGGGCAGCCUGUUCCAGGGGCUGGAGCUGAGCUCCCUGCAGCCUACCUCGCUGACCCUGAUGUACCCACUGGGCACGGCCUCCAACAGCACCAACAUCCAGCUGCACCCCAUGGAAAUUGCCACUUUCCGCGUCCGCCUGGGGUAGUGCCUGUCAGGGUGGGAUGGGAGCAGAGUGGCUGCACGGCGUGGGAGCAGCAGUGCCAGCACAGCCCGCAGAGACACACAGCCCACAGCAGGCCAUCGGUGCUGGGCAGGAGGCGCCAGACCUGCAGAGGCUACUGCCUUCUUAUUUAUUAGUCCUGUGUUCUCAGAUUUCAAUGAACUGCCGUGGCAGGGCUGCACAGAGGCUGUUGGAUGCUGGGCACAGAGGGCAUGGGCCGGGCACUGCUCUGUGCGUAGCAGGGUGGCAGUGGGCCGGUGUGAUGGGCUCCGCCCUGCUGUGUUUGCUUGGCUGCCUGGGAAGGUGCCCACCUGGAGCCCUGCGGAGGAGCCCAUGCUGGGGCCUGGCUACCACAGCACAGCAAUGUACAGGUACCAGGGGCCAGGCAGGCGCUGUGGACUGGAACCUGAGCUCACCUGGAGCUUGUAGGAAAUAAGAGUCUAUUUCCAAAAGCC